AUGCAAACGUCGCUGAAGAGUAACACGCUUUGUCGUCCUGGGUUGAACGACAGUUUGCUAGGAGCGGAAUGCAGUUCAGACUCGCAAGAUUCCGGUGGCUGGAUCACACCAUUGCAUGUCUUUUUCCUCGCACAGUUUAUCAAUGGGCUUGGCAGCUUUUCUCUCUACACCCUAGGCAACUCGUAUUUGGACGACAAUUGCGAAAAAGCCACGUUGCCAAUAUUACUCGCAAUCACUAACGCUGUGAGACCAGCCGCACCAAUGCUUGGAGGCAUUAUCACCAAAUUCUGCUUAAGCACGUUCGUCAGCCUAGAACUAACGCCAAUCAUCACCCCUUCGGACUCGCGGUGGAUCGGUGCCUGGUGGAUGGGAUGGCUUAUUCUUGGCUUCUCCUUGCUUUUCGUCGCCGUGCUAAUCUCCAUGUUCCCAGAGACUUUGCCCACCAUGGCCGGACGACAACAGAAUGUCUUAGUUGAGAGCAGAGAUACGGCCGAAGCGUCAGAGGAAAGAAACCUUAAGGACUUUUGGAAAACUCUCAAACGAUUACUCUCCAACAAAGCCGCCUUGUAUAGCAUGCUAUCCAUGGUCUUGUAUGUGAGCGGAAUUCUAGUUCCUGCGUCGUACAUGGUAAAAAAUUAUGAAGCUCAGUACAGGAUCCCUGCUGAAAAUGCCGGUUUUUACUAUAUGAUUUCGACAAGUCUACCCUCAAUGAUUAGCGUUAUACUUUCCGGGCUAGUAAUGUCCACAUUCAAGCCUAGCGCCCGCUUUGUUGCUCUCUGGGGCAUGAUGGCGACUGCGUUUUCCUUGGUUGCUUCUUCCGUCUAUCCCUCUCUGGGCUGCCAUCAAACAGACUUGCAGAUGCAGAAGAUCGAUUCACACUCACGAAAUCCAUACCUCGCUGAAUGUAAUUGCGACUUCGUGAAAUUUUCUCCGGUGUGCCACGAGGCUAACCAAACCAGUUUCGUUUCGGCCUGCCACGCCGGCUGCCGAGAUUUCGUGACUGAAGGAGAAAAGAUCAAGGAGUACACGCAGUGCUUCAAUCUAGUAACUCAACCCUCGGCUGAGAUUGAACUCGAACACACAGUUUCUCCAGGAUUGUGCCGACCAGACUGUGAGGACAAGUGGAUGCUGAACUUAUGGCUCACAGCUGCUAUUGCAUUUGUGACCAGUUCUUCCAGGACCGGCCAAACGUUGACUAUACUGAGAUGCGUUAAAGCGCGAGACAAGGAAAUGGCCCUCAGCUUGGUGAUAGCGCUUAUACACAUCCUACCGAUGACCCUAGCACCUUAUGCCUUUGGCAAAUUAAUCGACGGAACAUGCAUCAUGUGGGAGAAGACAUGCUCAGGACUUGGAAAUUGCUGGCUCCACCACACCGAGGACAUGAGAUAUAGCUUUUACAGUUUGGUGAUAGUAUUUCUGAUGUUGCAACUCAUCUUCGACUUCUUCGUGUUUUGCAACGUGGAGGAUGUGAAAAUUUUUGAUGACGAGGAAGAAGAUGACAAAUCAGUCGACGGGGAUCAAAAUAGAAACGAAGUACUUGGACAUGCGUUGACUGACAGUGACGGCUCCGCCGAACUUGAAGAAUUUGCCGCUGACACUAGAAACUCCCAAGUCGAACAGAACGAGUCCCGUGAAAAUGGAUUCUCACGUGAUGAACAUAAUCAAGUGUCCUUUGUUAGGGAAAUCUAAAUCUCAAUAGGACAA